AUGUACAACGGCAGUAACACCGGAGGAGGAAAAAAACCGCGACCUACCACGGGAUACCUAGUGAGACCUCGACUUGGUGCACUCAGGUCUAUAUACUCCAAUCGGCCGUUCUCAGCGAUGUCGCCUGACAAGAGGAAAAAACUAAAAAAAUCAGCCCUCCCGAAAAUGGAAUGGAGAAGAAAGCCGGACUAUGCGGAAACCGCCUAUCGCGAGGCUGUUGGUAGACUAAGAAUUCUUCUUGCAGAAAGUUAUACUCCUUUGAAGAGACCUAUUAAAGAGUUAGACAGUGCUGGUGAAGAAACUGACAAUCAAUCUUUAAUCAGUGCCGGAAGCAGAAACUCGCGGUUGAGUAGACACUACUACCAAUAUAAUCCCGUAACACCAAGAAAGUACUACUACUAUCCACCUUUAAGGAGUCAUUAUCCUUUAACAAAUACGAGUACAGAAAAACCAUCAAUAGAUCCGCCAAAAACGGAUGCGAAUGCUCCUCCAGAAUUACUGUCUUUUAUUGAACGACAAGAAGAUUAUAUUGAACAACUAGAGAAAGAAUCUCGUUUUUGCAGAGACGAAUUAUCUUCUUUAUUAAGUAAAGUGAAAGAUGUCAUCAGUGAAAACGAAAAUUUACACGAAAGACAAAAGUCCAAAUUAAUCAAAUCAGUAUUUGAUCAUUUGGAAACCGAAACAGAAACGGAAACUGAUGUUGAUAAUAAAAGCAUUUUAAAAUCUCCGAAAAAUACAAGAAAAACCAGGAUCAUCGAAGGACCAUCUAUUGUGUUUGAAUCAAGGAUCUCUGAACUGGAGGCACAACUUACUCAGUCUAAGAUAGAUCUUAAGAAGGCCCAAGAUGAAAACGAAUCUUACAAAAGAAAAAUUAAUGAUGGAACUAUUUUAGAUACAGUGGGUUAUGAAUCUUAUAAGAAGCAAAUUGACAAUUUUCAGAGAGAAAAAGAAAAUUUACAAGACACCAUUCACAAGCUACAAAACUCAUUGUCCGUUCUCAGAGAAAAAGAAACUGAUACCACAGAUAAAGUUAAACGAAGUCUGGACGUUGCUGAGCAAGCGCAAUAUGAAAAAAAUGCAGCUGAAGCUGAGAUCAGACGCUUAAAAGAUGAACUGGAGCGACAACAUAUGAAACUUAGAGACGCCAUUGCAGAACAGGGUAGAAGAAUAGCAGACGAACGAUCGGCAGUAGAAAGACGGUACACUCAACAAAUCGAGCAACUCACGGCGGAGUUGGGAAUACAAUGGGAAACUACGAACAAACUGCAGAUGGAAGUGGAUAAACAGAGAAGAGAAAAUGCAGAUCUACGCAGAGAUGUGGCUCAAAAACAGGCACUCAUUGACGAGCUCCGGAAGGACAUGCAAAGCAAAAUAAUUAACUUGCAAUCUGACAUUGGCGUAAGUGGGGCGGAAAAAAGUGCUUUGGAACAACAGAUCGCUACGCUUCAACUUGCAAAUGAAAGAAGUGACAGGCAAUCGAAACAGGAAAUAGUGCGUCUACAAGCGGAAAUACAGUCUCUACGACAAAGAUUGGACAGAGCUGAUGCUGAUCUAAUCCACAGCAGAAGAGAGAACAUCAGAUUGUCGGAGCAGAUUGCUUCUCUUGAAAAGGAGAUUACUCUAAAUGCUGCAUUAUCAGAAGAGAGAACAAACACUCCAAGAACUCCAAGAGGUGGGGAAAUAGUGGCCUUGCCACCUCCUGCUCCGAAAAAUGAGGAGAGGGAGAAAGAAUUAAGUUCCUUGAUUCAUGACAUGGAAAACAAGCAUGAUGAAGAACAUACUCCAACAAACAUUGAAAGACCUCCACAACUUCGAAACCCUUCACAAACAAUUAGCCCCACGCCACAGCCAGCCCAAUCAGCUCAACCUACUAAGGCAGAACCACCAGAGGCUAAACCAGAGCUUCAACCAACAAAUGUAACCGACCCUAAUCAACUGUCUAUGUCAUCCAGACAAAACAGUCAAGACAAACUUUCAUUGCAACAACAGCCCGUUCAAAUAAAUCAAGAUAAUUCUAAUCCACCAGCAGAAUCUUAUGAAUAUCCUCCUCAAACUGUAGAUGACCAGUACCAAUAUGAUCCCAAUCAACAGUAUGAUCCUAAUACGUAUGAUCCUAACCAGUACGAUCCUAACCAACAAUAUGACCCAAACCAACAGUACGAUCCUAACCAACAGUAUGAUCCUAACCAAGAAUACGACCCAAAUCAAGCGUACGAUCCAAAUCAGGUGUACGAUCCUAAUCAACAGUAUGAUCCCAACUUACAGUACGAUCCUAAUGAUCCUAACCAGCAGUACGCCGUUGAUCCUAAUGAUUCCAACCAACAAUACAGCACUGAUCCAAAUGUCAUAAGCACGGGUGGUACUGGUGAUACGGUAGAAGGAGGAGAUAGUACGAAGCAGUAA